AUGAACCUGGACACAGCCGAGGAUCUAUUGAACUUCAGCUUGGUUCAGGCUGCCCCUCCAGUCUUGUUUUGCACUAUUUGCAACAAACCCUUUAGCCAAGAGACUGCAUUGAAAAGACAUGUCGCUAUUGGAGAGCUCAAUCUAUACGGUGGUACCCGGGAUAACGGUACACUGUGUUUGCCUGCUGGUGAGGCGCAAGACUGGAUCAGUUCAUACAACCUUGGUGGAGUUGAUCUCAACCGCCUCACGCCCGAAAAUCUUGCAGUCUGUCUCCCCAACGAAAUCGAUGGCGAUACGGAUAUGAUUCUUUCGGGUAGACUGCACGAGAUCGCCAUAUCCGGCAUGGUCAAUGACUGCACCAUUUCUUCCAUUUCUCGGAUCUCGUUUCCUCUCAGCAGCAUCCGACCUCACAGCGCUGCCGUUCAAGCUAGCGCAAGUGUUAUUAGACAAUCCCUGGCUGCAUACCCCCAAAUGAUGCUCCGGCGCUCGACGUUUCCGCCUUUCAUCCAUCCUCAUCAAGACAAAAGCAAGCUUCCUGUACCACUAGCGAACUGCAUGGGAAUAGCUGUCUUGUAUGCGGCAAGGAAUAAAGACACUCAGGCCUUCUUGUGGAAAACGAUUCGGGAUGAGCAAGAAAGGUGCCUUCGAGAGAUGGCCGGCUGGUCUAAGUAUGACGUCUUUGCGGCCAUGCAAUCGCAAUUGAUUUACAUCAUGAUGCGAGUCGUGGAUGGCUGCUGCGGAGGAGAAGUUCAGGGUCGAGAGUACAACACGAACAUGCUGCUGGCAUACAAGGGUUUCUGGAGUCAGCUGAUUACCCUCGAUGUGACUUCUUGCGAUGCUGCUGUCAGCAAAAUGACUGAAUGGGAUGAUUGGAUUCUUGAAGAAUCUCUUACAAGAAUUGCAUGCGUUUGGUUUCUUGUCGCUCAAAUCAGCUCGUCGCAGUGGACUGCGAAUACAUCUGACGAAUGGAAGGAAGAAACGGAGGCACUUAGUAGCAUGCGAAAUCUAGACAAGAGGCCUGUGACGUUUGGAGAUCUUUACGAGCUGAAUAAAGGGGCAAAUCACCAGGCAGUGAUUGACAGGCUGGAUGUUUGGAAUGCCGGGGUAGACAAUCUGGGCGUUCUACUGAACGUUGCAGUGAACAUGAUUUAA